AUGCUCAAGGGCAGCAUCAACGCGAUCCUAGAUAACAACAUUUCUGCAAUCUGCAAGCUUGAUCGCCAUCAUCAGUUGAAUACUCUUGUUAAUUACUUAAUUGUGAAUGUUUGCUCUGCCACACUUCUCUCUAAGAAUCCAGUUGGUACUAUUGGUGAUUCUUUGGUCAAUGCGAAAUCUUUGAAAAAGCUAUCCAUGUCUCACUGUCAAAUAGAAGAUAUUGGAUCUUCUCUUGUUGCAUGUGUGGAAUUGAAGGAACUUAGGCUUGCUCACAACAAGAUCAGUAAGAUUCCAUCUGACUUGGCCAAAAAUGUCAAAAUCUUGAACCUUGAUUUGGGAAAUAACUUAAUUGAGAGGGUAUCAGAUUUGAAGGUCCUUGCAGAACUACGCUUCUUGAGGAACCUAAAUUUGCAGGGAAAUCCUAUUGCUGAGAAAGACAGCCUAGUCAAAAAGGUUAUGAAAACUGUACCUACUUUGCGCAUAUUCAACGGAAAGCCCAUAGAAGCCAGCUCCCAGAAUGAGAACUCUAGGAAAGACAGUAUGCGGGACAAGGAUGGGGAUAUGCCUGAUCAUGAUACCAUUGAGCCUAAUACAAAAAAGAAGGAUAAAACAAAACAGUCAAAACAAGUGAAGGGCUCUGAAGAACCUACAGCCCAAAAUACUCGCCCAGAUGUCACCAUGGCUUCCCCAAUCAAAUCUGGACAAUUAGAUGGUAAGAAAAAGAAAAAAGAUAAGGUAGUCAUGGACAUGGAGCAGGGCAAGAGCAGCAAACUGAAAAGCAAGGAUCAUACACCCUCUCUCGAUGAUGCUGACAGAAAGGCCAAGAGGAAGAAAUCUUCCGUCAAAGAAGAUAAAGACAUGGAUGGAAUCGAUGACACUGAAGUUUCAUUUGCAGAAUUGAUGUUUUCGAGAGAGGGUGGCGGUGCAGACCCAGAGUUGAAGGACAAAAUCCAGGGAACUGCUCAGGAUAGGAAAUUUGUCGGAGGCCUGGUAAUCGAUCACACCAAGAAGAGGAAGAAGUCCAAAGGCACAGUUCUUGACGCUUCGGAUCUCAAGCUGUUAUGCUUGCCUGAGGUCGGUGCGGGUGGACUGUCAGGAAUGGAUUAG